UGGCUUAUCGGCGUUCACCGCCGUCGACUUUGGUUCUUUCUUAGCGUCUCGUCGACCUUUCCCAAAUCCCCUCCCCGCACGUCCCCUAGGGUUACCAGAUCUCGCUAUCAGGGCUUCUCCCCCUCUCAAUCUCGAAGAAGAAGAAGAAGAGAUGUGGGCCGCCUCGUGCCUCGCCUCAUGCUGCGCCGCCUGCGCCUGCGAAGCAUGCCGCUCGGUCGCCGGAAGCAUCAGCCGCCGCUCCGCCCGCAUCGCCUACUGCGGCCUCUUCGCACUAUCCCUUGUCGUCUCCUGGGGCCUCCGCGAGGUUGCCGCACCCCUCAUGGAGUCCCUCCCUUGGAUUAAUCACUUCCACAAGACGCCGGAUAGAGAGUGGUUCGAGACCGACGCUGUGCUCCGCGUUAGCUUGGGGAAUUUCGUGUUCUUUACGAUCUUGGCUGUUGUAAUGAUUGGGAUCAAGGAUCAGAAGGAUCCGCGCGACCAGCUGCAUCACGGUGGUUGGAUGGCGAAGAUCGUUUGUUGGUUUAUCGUAGUGUUUCUUAUGUUCUUCGUUCCCAAUGGCAUUGUCAGCUUCUACGAGACAUUAUCAAAGUUUGGUUCAGGAUUGUUUCUUCUGGUUCAGGUUGUUCUCUUACUGGAUUUUGUACAUGCAUGGAAUGAGAACUGGGUUUCAAAGGAUGAGCAGUUCUGGUACAUGGCUUUGUUAAUCGUCUCGCUGGUUUGCUAUUUGGCAACAUUCUCCUUUACAGGAGUGCUCUUUCACUGGUUUACUCCAUCAGGACAUGAUUGUGGACUCAACACCUUUUUUAUUGUCCUGACAUUGAUUCUUGUAUUUGUUUUUGCUACUGUUGCGUUGCAUCCAAAGGUAAAUGGCAGCUUAUUGCCUGCAUCAAUUAUUUCACUUUACUGCACUUACCUCUGUUAUAGCGGGCUUUCUAGUGAACCAAGGGAUUACGAGUGCAAUGGUCUUCACAACCAUUCAAAAGUUGUUUCAACUGGAAGUCUUACACUUGGCCUGCUUACUACUGUGCUCUCUGUUGUCUACUCUGCUGUUCGUGCCGGCUCCUCAACAAGUUUAUUCUCUCCACCAAGUUCACCGCGUGCUGGAUCCGAGAAGCCGUUGCUCCCAUUUGACAAGUUGGAUGAGCAGGAGGACAAGAAGACUGAUGAGGCAAAGCCAGUCUCCUACUCAUACACCUUCUUCCACCUCAUCUUCUCUCUUGCAAGCAUGUACUCAGCAAUGCUUCUGACUGGCUGGUCCACCUCGGUUGGUGAAAGCGGAAAGCUCAUCGAUGUUGGGUGGCCAUCUGUGUGGGUCAGGAUUGUCACUGGGUGGGCAACAGCAGCUCUCUUCAUGUGGUCCCUUGUCGCCCCCCUUAUCUUCCCCGAUAGAGAGUUCUGAUUUCAUAUCAGAACCCCAUGAGACCAUUUCAUGGAUUAAUGCAUCUAUCGUGCUACCGCAUUCACAUGUUCUACAUAUGUUGUCGACAAUACGACGAAUGGAGAACUUUAUUGUGGCGUGGCUGAGGUUUGAGUUGUGUAUGCUCCGAUAAUAAUCAAGCAUUCUCUGUAGCUAAAUAAUUUGUGGACUUGGUGUUCAAAAACGUAGAAGUGGUUUGGCUUUUAUAUCUUCC